AUGGAACACUCAAAACCAAAGAAUAUUAUCAGAUUUGCUAGUUGUCGCGGUGUAGCCUUUGAGCUCAAUCCCUACAAAGAAAACCCAUUUGCCAUUCCGGAUCCUUCUUCACGGAAGGAGCAAGAGGGAAAGUUAGAUUGGCUUCCAUGGAUUGGAACCUCUGGUUCAUUCAGGAGGAGUUUGAGUCGUCCAAGCAGUCAUUUCUGUGACCUUGAGUUCGAAGACUUGGAAAUUGAUGGGCAAGAGUUAUAUAUUGCAGAGGACCCCGAAAAGCAAGAUGCGUCUAUCGUAGUUGCUGCAGUUAGUGCAAAAAAGCCACCGCCAAAACAAAAGGAUACAAGAUUGUCAGUUAUACUGCUUGAUCAAGGGCUGUUCACGGUGUACAAGCGACUGUUUAUGGUUUGCUUGACCUUCAAUGUUCUUGCAUUAACGCUAGCAGCCACUGGUCACUUCAAGUAUGCUAAACCAAAGGCUACGGUUUUCUCCAUUGGAAAUCUUCUGGCUUCAACACUCUGUCGAAGUGAGGCCUUACUGCGAGUGGUCUUCUGGUUAGCUGUGAAGUUGUUGGGCAGGCGUUGGAUACCUCUUCGGGUUAAAACAACUGUAACUGCCUUCCUUCAAAGCCUUGGGGGAAUACACAGCGGCUGCGGAGUUUCUUCCAUAGCUUGGCUUGUGUAUGCUCUUGUGCUUACCUUGAAGGACAAAGAAAACACUUCCCCACUCAUCAUAACCCUGGCUUGCUUAAUCCUCUCUCUUAUUUGCCUUUCUUCCAUGGUUUGGUUCUUCAUUUCUGCUUCAAUAACUUACGAACCUGCUUCAAAAACCUAUAAUUCAAGCGUCACAAAGAUCACUAAGGAGCAAGAAUUCUGGUUCACUUUAGCCAUAACUAUUGUCAUAAUCAUCCCAUGGUUAACAGUGAGACGCGUUCCAGUAAACGCAUCAUCUCCUUCAGGUCAUGCUUCGAUCAUAAAGUUUGAAGGAGGGAUCCAAGCGGGGCUGCUGGCUAGAAUUAGCCCAUCACCAUUAUCAGAAUGGCAUGCCUUUGGAAUCAUAUCUGAUGGAAUGAAAGAGCACAUCGUAUUGGCUGGUGCAGUUGGUGACUUCACCAAGUCCAUGGUCUCUAAUCCGCCAAGCCAUUUGUGGGUUCGAAUGCACUUUGCAGGCUUGCCUUAUCUAAUAAAUAUGUAUCAAAGGGUACAGGUGGUGGCCACAGGGUCCGGUAUUUGUGUCUUCUUAUCAUUUCUCCUGCAGUCGAACUCGGCAGAUGAAAUAAAGCAAAUGGUGGAAGGAUAUCCAAAGGACAAAGCUAUUAUUCAUGACACAGCAAUCUUGGGGCGGCCAAAUGUAGCUGAGAUGAGUGUAAAUGCUGCGAAGAAUUGGAAGGCCGAAGUGGUUAUCGUAACAAGUAAUCCUGAAGGCAGUAGAGAUAUAGUGAAUGCAUGCAAGGGGGCUGGAAUACCUGCAUUCGGCCCUAUCUGGGAUUCCUAG